ACUAUGUAAUUGUCAAUUUGUCAAAACAAGGCGGUGGUAAUGCAGUAUUUGACUAAAAAAAAAUGUUAUUGUUAUCGAUAUUGCUCUGAUUUUGCAUUUAUUAACAUCACACACUUCUACGUAAAUUCUAUAAGCACACUGUUACUGAAAGAACGUUCUAGGCCAUUUUCUUCGUCCUGUAAAUAUGUUCGCAGAAGUUGAAAACACGUUCCUUUAUUUUGCUUACGGAAGUAAUCUGCUUAAAAGAAGGAUUCACAUCAAUAACCCCUCAGCAAACUUCUUAGGAAUAGGACGUUUAGAGGACCAUCAGCUUGAUUUUAUUAAAUAUUCUGAGCAUUGGAGGGGAACUUCAGCCACUAUUGUGCCUAAUCCAGGAUCCCAUGUAUGGGGAGCAAUAUGGAGAUUACAUAACGAUGACAUGCCUGCAUUAGACAAGCAAGAAGGUGUCGAAUCCAAUUGGUAUUUUGCUAAAAAUGUAGACAUUAUACUACAAGAUGGUUCGCAGGCCAAUUGUAGAACAUAUCAACAAACAAUCAAUCCUCCAGUUAGAAAAAAUGGUGAAGAACUACCUGAAGAUCGCAGGCCUUGUAUUACAUAUUUAGAUUGUAUUGUAAAUGGAGCAAUUGAAUGCAAAUUACCCGAAUAUUACAUUGAAGAACUCAAAAAAAUACCAAACAAUGGACAAGAGGCAUCUCCUAGUAUGAUUGAGAAACUAAACCGAACUUCAUAACUGUUGUACACACAUAACUACAAACAUUUUUUUGUGCAAUAAGUAUCCAAGCUUGAAGCUGUGAUGACUAAUGUGACUAUAUAUUAUUAAUAAUAAUAUAAAUAUAAAUAAAAGGAAUGUAU